GGCAGCCUACAAAAUUCCCUCCCAGCCGAAUGUGACUACUCUGCUGCAAAGCCUCAAUUCUCUUUCUCGCUUUCACUGUCUCUGUUCCCACUUUCUCUCCGUCGGUAUCCCUCCGGUACUGCUGCCUAAUUUCCUCUCUGCCUAACUUGCCGCCGGUAUCUGAUUAAACUCUGAGCACUGAGGUAGUGAAAAAAAGAGAUUGAUAGAUAAGAUGAAGAUAGAGGAGGUUCAGUCCACCACUAAGAAGCAGCGCGUAGCCACUCACACCCAUAUCAAAGGCCUUGGUCUUGAGGCCAGUGGGAGAGCAAUGCCUUGGGCAGCUGGUUUUGUGGGUCAGGUAGAGGCAAGAGAAGCAGCUGGGCUUGUUGUUGAUAUGAUUCGGCAGAAGAAGAUGGCAGGCCGAGCACUUCUAUUGGCUGGGCCUCCAGGUACUGGAAAGACAGCACUGGCUCUUGGAAUAUCCCAGGAGCUUGGAAGCAAGGUUCCAUUCUGCCCGAUGGUUGGUUCAGAAGUGUACUCAUCAGAAGUAAAGAAAACUGAAGUUCUUAUGGAAAAUUUCCGAAGGGCUAUCGGUCUACGUAUCAAGGAAAAUAAAGAGGUCUAUGAAGGAGAGGUGACUGAACUCUCACCUGAAGAAACUGAGAGUGUGACAGGCGGUUAUGGUAAAAGCAUUAGCCAUGUAAUCAUUGGACUAAAAACAGUGAAAGGAACAAAGCAACUGAAAUUGGACCCUACUAUUUAUGAUGCAUUGAUUAAGGAAAAGGUGGCUGCUGGUGAUGUUAUAUAUAUUGAAGCAAAUAGUGGAGCAGUAAAAAGGGUAGGUAGAAGUGAUGCUUUUGCUACAGAAUUUGAUCUUGAAGCAGAAGAGUAUGUUCCACUUCCUAAAGGAGAGGUUCAUAAGAAGAAGGAGAUAGUUCAGGAUGUAACACUGCAUGAUCUUGAUGCUGCAAAUGCACGACCUCAAGGUGGGCAAGAUAUACUGUCUCUAAUGGGUCAAAUGAUGAAGCCUAGGAAAACAGAAAUCACUGACAAGUUACGACAAGAAAUAAAUAAGGUUGUUAACCGAUAUAUUGAUGAAGGUGUUGCAGAGCUUGUCCCUGGAGUUUUAUUUAUUGAUGAGGUACAUAUGCUUGAUAUGGAGUGCUUUUCAUAUUUGAAUCGUGCCUUAGAGAGCUCACUUUCUCCAAUUGUUAUAUUUGCAACCAAUAGAGGAAUUUGCAAUGUGAGGGGGACAGAUAUGACUAGUCCUCAUGGCAUACCUGUUGAUUUGUUGGACCGGCUGGUGAUUAUUCGAACACAGACUUAUGGUCCUGAUGAGAUGAUAAAGAUUUUGGCUAUACGUGCACAGGUAGAGGAACUAGUUGUAGAUGAGGAGAGUUUGGCUUAUCUUGGCGAGAUUGGUCAAAGAACAUCUUUAAGGCAUUCUGUUCAGCUGCUAUCUCCUGGAAGCAUUGUGGCGAAAAUGAAUGGCCGUGACAACAUUUGCAAGGCGGACCUUGAGGAAGUGAAUUCUUUGUACCUGGAUGCCAAGUCUUCAGCAAAACUUCUUCAGGAGCAGCAAGAAAAAUACAUUUCGUGAUAAUUCAUCAGUUUUUCCAAACUCUAAAUGUGUUUUGAAGUAGGAACUGAUUAUUACUCUCUCUCUCUCUCUCUCUCUCUCUCUCUCUCUCUCUCUAAUGGUUUGUGCACAAACUUUAAGCUUUUUUCAAAUUGUAUGUGGGUUGUACUUUGGUGAUUAGCGAGAGGGGUGGGUUUUUAAACUACAAAUCAAAUUACAAAUCUGUUUUAUAAUCGAAUGAAUUAUAUAUGAAAAAAUUUUGGACUGCCAAUUAAAUAUUAAA